UCUGCUGAAAUAGUGUCCCAGUUUUUCAAAAUCAAACAAGUCUGCUCGCGAUUCCACAAAAAAGAUUCAGAAAAUGGAGCGAUUAGUUUUCCUUCUUCACUGCUUGGCCAUUUUUCAGGUGACAAUGGCUACAAGUCCUCUCGAUCAGGAUCGAGAAGGGAUCUUGGCACAAAAAGUAGAAAGUGCUGAUUCCCCCAUAACAUCUCCUAAUGCAAGAAGCAUUUUGGAAUUCGGUCUGAUGAUUAUAUGCGGAGUCAAAAGAAACCCCUUGGACUAUAAUGGUUAUGGUUGCUACUGCGGACUAGGUGGACAGGGAACACCAGUUGAUGAUGUAGACAGAUGUUGCCAAAUACAUGAUGCUUGCUAUAAUGCAGUGCAGAACUCGGGCGCUUGCACGUUAGAUUUGGCAAUCUAUGCCAUGCCUUAUGAUAGGAAAGGCUGCCUUGGAUGCGAGCCUGCUAGUCAUUACUGGUUUUUCGGCGAGUGUCGGAACUCUUUGUGUGUGUGUGACUCAGAGGCUGUCCAGUGCUUUCAGAGGGCUACGUUCAAUGAUGCUUACAAAGAUUAUUCGCAAGAAAAAUGUUAAAAAUGUAAUUCUUGAAACAUGAAGUGAUUGUUC